AUGUCCCUGGUGCAUCAUGCUGCGCGCUCAGCUUUGCUCGGGGCCUUUGUGCUGGUUUGGUUCGGCCCUCCUCCCGGAUGGGCAGCUCUUACUUUGCGCUCUAUGAGGUGGAACGAGGAGUUUCAGUUUCUCAUCUUCACAGACCGGCCUUUGUCAGACUGGAGGGGCGGCGAGGUGGCAUCAAACGUGGAGUUUCGGCGCCUCAAUUCCUCCGCGUUUUCACAACUUGCGGCAAGGAGGACUGCCGUGGAAGCAAGGCUGCAGCAUGCAUACAAGCUCGUUGACUGGAAGAUGGCGUACGGAGAGAUCUUUCAAACUUGGCUGCGGCAAUUUGACUUCUGGGGCUGGGCGGACUUCGACAUGAUCUUCGGCCGCUUGGCUUCCUUUGGCCUUAAUGCCUCCGCACUGGCACAGCGGGACGUCGCCGGGGAGUUUGGGUGGCCUGUGCAAGGGCCGCUGACGUUGCUGCGCAAUCGGCCAGAGGUGAACCGGCUGUGGAGGGAGCUGCCCGAUGUUGCAGAAAGGCUCAAAGAACGUAACACCCAGUUCCUCGAUGAGUGGGCGUUCGGACACCUGCUGUGGAAAUCAGGGUUGGAGCGCCUUCCACGAUUUUUCCCAACACAGCUCUCUGCAUCACCUCGCCACAGAGAUGGCGACAUCCUUUGGUCUGAAGGCCGGCUUUGGCAUCUACCUUCAUGCGGCGAGGCGGGCUACUUGCACUUCUCACGCUGGAAGGCUGCCUUCGGCGAGGUGCGCAUGCUGCCUGGCCAGGCGGUGCAGCUUGGCCCCAAUGGUGCCACGGAGCCCUCUGCAACUGCGCGGGCACGCUUGGAGCACUGCCGGCGCGCAGAGGCUGCUGGUGCUCGCUUCGCGUGGGACUGGGACAAGAACACCCCAGACAUGUGCACCUGCAUCUCUUUGCGCAAGCCAUGUCAGGGUGCGCAGGACGCCGUGCUGUCUGCUCUUCCGGCCUGGCUAGGGGCCUAUGGCAAGAUUUGCGAAGGGACCGGAAGGGAUGGUGGCUUUGAUGUGCCAUGGCUAUUGAUUAUACGACCAGCAGUUGGCUGUCUUCUUCUCGUGGUCAGAGCGUUUGCUCGAGAUGGAGGUCUCGCACAGUACUUUUCCGAGGUCAUCAAGGAACAUGAGCUCCGAAGACGUUGCCAAGGCAGCAAGUUCAAGACACUCCGUGGUGAUGUGUGGGCUUCCGAGGUGUGGGAAAACGUCGGCAGCUCGGUCUCGCUGAAACGGUUGGAGACGUUCACCAUCGUGCACAACAGCCUGCUGCGUUUGAAGUUGGUGGACUUCCCUGGCACCCUGCUGCUUGACGACUCGCUCAGUCUUCACCCCUUAGAUGCCUCCGUGUUCAGUGGACCGUGUGCCGUGGUACUCGUCAUCGACGCUCAGCAGGAAGAGGCAUAUACCACGAGCGUGACCAGAGCAAGGCGAGUAAUAGAGUUCGCGUGCAAGCUGAAUCCAGAUGUCACCUUCGACGUGUUGCUGCACAAGGUGGACGGUGCCAAAUUCUACACCGACGGCAGAAAGGAAGAGUGCAAGAAAGCCGUGGAAGACAAGCUCACAGAAGAGAUGACAGACAAGGAAAAAGCCAACAUCUCCUUCCACUGCACCAGCAUCUACGACCACACUGUCUUCGAGGCUUUUAGCCAAGUGGUGCAGAAGCUGAUACCAGAAAGACCCACGCUGGAGAAGUGCUUGGAAGCGGUGAGCCAGAACACGCGAAUGGAGAAGGUCUACCUUUUUGACGUUGUUUCGAAGCUCUACUUGGCCGCCGACAAGAGCAAUUCGGAGCUGUCCUGGUACGAACUUUGUGCUGACAUGGUGGACGUGGUGAUUGACAUCGCGUGCAUCUACGGCAACGGUCUCGAGGACAACAAGGAUGCUGGAUGCGAGUUCCAGCUGCACAACGGUGCUGUCCUAGUUCUGAAGGAGGUCGGCCACUGCUUGGCACUGGUCUGCGUGUUCAAAGGAGACGAUGCCUGCUUCGACCGCCAAGAGCUCUUGGAGCACAAUGUAGAGGUCUUCAAGGAGGCUUUGAACAAAGUAUGUCCGGUGCAUCUUCCAAAGCGGGGUUGGCGCUAA